UUGAAACGGACGUGGCUAUCUGCUAUUAGAUCUAGUGAUGCCUGUCGAUUAUCUCUCCAAUCAGAGCCAAUCGCGUGGAGUUGAACAACAUUUUGUUACAUUUUUAAUCGAUUGAAAACCUCAAGCCUCUAGCGACACUACUGGUGUUGAAAUUUCAUCGCAAACAUGGCCAGGAAUGCUAACAUUUUGAUAGGAAGUGUGUUGUGUGUUUUGUGUUUGGUAAGAGCCCUGUUCGCUCAGAUUGAUAGCAUAGAUCCAGGUGCGGAUGGUGGACCGGAGAUGAUGCAGGGUGGGCCUCAGAUGCAAUCUGACCCGGGCGGGCAGUCUGGGAAGCUGAGCUUUAAACCACCGGACCUGAGUGAUGAGGAGUCCCACAGCCCUUUCAUGCCGGACAGUCUCAGAUGUGACGGAUGCAGGGCUGUCACAUUUCAGCUGUUCUCAGCCCUAAGAAAAGCUUAUGUGCAAAAUUCAAAGUUAAAAGGGAAUCUGCCAGAGUCAAUAAUCAUGGAUGUAUUUGAUGGUGUCUGUCAUGGAAAAGGUGUUUUUGACACGUAUGGUAUUCGGGAGAUAAACAAUGUGAAACGAUUGAUAGGAGCUGGUCUUCCCGAGGCUAAUGAACCUGGCAUGAUGCAGGGUGGAGGGAAAUGGCCUAGCAGGUUACAUGAUAUGUGCGAUCAGUUUGUAGGAGACCUAGAGGAGGAAAAUAUCUAUGCAGUGUUUAAAAAGAGGCCAGAGGAUAUACAGAACUUUGAGAACUAUCUGUGUAGAGGACCUGAAACAGGCCUACGCGGUGCAUGCUCAAAACUGGAGGGAAAACGCGCAAAGGUGGAACUUUAAUAGCGUCGGAUAACUAUCCAUUCCAAACGAGCGAAGGUGGAACUUUAAUAGAGAAAUGUCACUAUCCAUUCCAGAGAACAUUCCAUUUGCAUUAUAUUUUUUGGCCAUUUCAAUUGAUAGUGUUUCGCACUGGACUAUAUGACAGAGUUAACCCUUUAAGGCCAAAUGUGGUUGACAGUUUAUGCCGAGGCUAUCGAUAUUGUUCACCUGAAGUUGUCAAAUUGUGUUGUGUGCCAUCAGUCGUAGAAAAUAUUAUUUUGACUUUUGCGUGCAGAAUUGUUAAGUGUACAAGUCAGCGUGGUGCUAAUAGUAACUCCUGUCUCACCCGGUAGAGAAGUUGCACUGAAGAUGGUAGAUUAAAUUUGCUGGCGUUUAAAUUUUGCGGUCCAAUGAGUGGGAUCGCUAAAUAACAAGCGCAAAAUGCAUCUACAUCCAUAAUUAUGCAUUACGGCUCCAGUAAUUCUGUAAAAUAGACACAAGCAAUGAAACGCAUGGCAAAUAUUUCCAGAUUACAGUAGGUCAGAGACAUUGUCGGACUAAUAGUGAUCAAAGAAUUUCACAGCUGCCAUCAGCACCAAUCUGUGACUGUUCAGAGAUCUCUUUACUGUGCCUUGCAGCCAUUUUUACAUAUUGUAUGACAUUGUUGUUGGUAAGCUUAUUUAGUAAAGAAAUGUUUAUGCCUAA